CCCUUUCUGGUUACUCCUGAAUACGGUUGUAUGAUCGCGUUCGCGAGGUGGAGGAGAAUCCGCGAAGUGGAGGCACCAACCAAUUGACUGACCGCUCGUUGCAAGACACGACGCUUAAACACCGUUCUCUGCUCAUGGUACAGGUAAAGAGACGGCGUAACAUUACGGUGGGAGUCAGUUCUGUUAUAGUAGGCCACGAGGCAGCAACUCUCAUGCUUCUGCAGGCCUUGCUCGUGAACAACUCCGCAUACGGCUCCGCUCUCUCUCUCCUCGUUUCUGUUCUUGCGAGCGCGAGGCGCGUAUCGGGUACCACCGCACCGUGAAAAUCAUCGCGAGUUUAUGCCGUUUCGAGAAAUCAAUUUGAAGCACAGUCUCCCAAAAAAAAAGAAAAAAAACAGCGCAAAGAUUAUGUGUAAAAUCGAUUAACUUCGAAUCCGCUUUCUUCCCUCGAUCUCGAAAUUGCUCAGCCGUUUCGGCUGAUUCGACGUACGACAAGAGAACGUGACACCUGGUUGUUCGUUCAUGAGUGAUCAUACCUGUGUCGCAAAUAUGUCAGGACGUUGGUAAUAAGAACGAGUUUGCGCAAGCGACGAAUUCGGAAUCCGAGGUUCUUUCGUGGCGGAGAAAGCGGAUGGCUUGAGUAUACUCAACGAAUGUACGCCACGGCGCAGCUUUUCCUAUUUCUAUUUCAAUCUCUUUUAACUGCAAAAAAGAAGAGGAUAAACAGGAUGAGGAAGUUGUUCCCAUUUUGCGAUUUAAUUUUAUUACAUUAAUUGGAUGGUUAUAUUGAAAACUAUCACACAAACUUUCGAAAGAGUUCUUAUCAAUGGGGCAAUCGUUCGAUAUCAAUGUAUUAGAAAAAGCGAAUAAAAAUUGAUCUUACAAGAGAAAGAAAAAAUUAUUUGGCUCUUGAGGAAAACAAGGAUUUAUUUUUUUCCCGCGAUAAAGAUAGAGUCUUAUAUCUUGCUGAUUUUUUCGACGAAUUUAAUAAGAACGCAAACAGAAGGCAAACUUGUCUUCGCAUCUUCUUGAUGCGAUCCGCCGUGGCACGAUGGAUUUCUAACUGUCUAUAAUAAUGGUGGACUUUUGAAGAAGUUUCCGGGAUUGUCCAAAGACGUGAGAUGAUUGGCAAACUUCUUCUGACUCUUUGGAUAUUGCAAUGGACCAGUUUUAUCGCGGGACAAUUCUUGUCUUUAAACGACAACGCGGACGAAAAGAACGACGCGGAAAUUUUUCGCGCAGUCAUCGAAUCAAUGAGGCAAUGGACACUUCACAAGACAUACCAUCACAGAAAAAAGAGAGAAGUGUCGAAGGUAUGUUACGAAGACGUAGGUUGCUUCGAGGAUACUGGGCCUUUCAGUUAUUUAGAAAUGCUACCGUCACCGCCGAAGGACGUCGGAACUAGAUUCCUCAUAUAUGGAACUAGGAGGGCAAGGUCAAUCCCUAUGGAAGUAUCUGCUGAUGAUAUAAAUGAUAAUACACAUCGUGCCAUAGAUCCCACUCUACCCACGAAAGUGAUUGUGCACGGAUUCGGAAGUCAUUGCGGUCACUUAUGGGUGUAUGAUAUGAGAACAGCAUUAAUGAACAUUCAAGAUUGCAACAUAGUUUGUGUGGAUUGGGGCCCUGGAAGUGCUGUGCCCAAUUACGUAAGAGCAGCGGCCAAUACGCGACUGGUGGGUCGACAAUUGGCAAAAUUAAUUCGCAAUUUGAAUGUUCCUUUGGAAAAAGUGCAUAUGAUAGGAUUUAGUUUGGGUGCCCAUGUAGCCGGGUUCGCUGGUGCUGAGCUAGGAAAUGUGUCUAGAAUAACCGGAUUAGAUCCCGCAGGACCACUUUUCGAGUCGCAAGAUCCGAGGGUUCGUUUGGAUGCGACGGAUGCAAAUUUCGUAGAUGUUAUUCACAGCAACGGCGAGCAACUCAUUUUGGGUGGACUUGGUUCUUGGCAACCUAUGGGCGAUGUGGAUUAUUAUCCGAAUGGCGGAAAAGUGCAAAGUGGAUGCUCAAACAUUUUCCUUGGCGCUGUUUCUGACAUCAUCUGGUCGAGCGCGGUCGAAGGAAAAUCGCUGUGCAAUCAUCGGCGAGCAUAUAAGUUCUUCACCGAUUCCGUUAGCCCGAAAUGCCAAUUUCCGGCCUUUCUCUGCGAUGAGGGCUACGAGGGUCUAUUAAAGGGCGAAUGUUUUCCCUGCAGCAAGAAUGACGUGAAUCGAUCAUGCGGCAACAUGGGUUAUUACAGCAACGAAUCGUCCGCCAGGGGUAAACUCUACUUGAUGACUCGAGAAGAAGAGCCCUUUUGCGCUCAUCAGUAUCAGAUCAAGGUGUACAACAGUCGUAACGAAAGGUCCGUCAAGAGCUACGGCAAGCUGCAGGUCACACUUAUUGGAAAAGAUUCUUACAACGACACAUUCGCGAUGACACGCAAGGACGAAGAACUUUUAGUAGGAGCCAUUUUACAGAAAAUUAUUGUGCCGCAUCCUGCGGUCACUAAUCUUGAAGCAAUCGAAAUUAAGUACACGGCGUACAGCGGCUGGAUAUCGUCUGGCUUAGUGUCUUGGAUCAUCGACAAGGUGGCUAUUAUUAACAGUUUUGGGAACACUCUAUCGGUUUGUCAGAAGGGCUUGAUUCUGGAAUCCGAUCGUCCAGUCUACCUCCCCCUUUACCCCGGUGAAUGCAAUAUUCCUUUGGAUUCUGACAACUCCACCGUGUCCCCGGUAUCGGCGUUCGAUCGCGUAGAGACCGAAGAGAAGCAGCAACAGCCGGGUAGCAUAGGACCCUUCACUAAGGAACAGAAUUAUGAGACGAAGGACUCUGGAUAUUCCAUAGAGACCUUCUUGACGGACAGAAUGGCGCAGAGGAAAAAUCUCGGUCCAUUUACGAAGGAGCAGAAUUUGCGCGUUGUUGAGACGAUGACCUUCACAGAGGAUGCAGAGAAGCGGCCUAACGUCGCGAAUCCGUGGACCGUCUUGGACAUAUCGAGCGACGGAGACUCAAACUCGCUGGAGAACGCCGACUCGGAGCACGGACGAAGCUUCUCCGGCGCCAAACUGAUCUAUCACACCUCGGCAGUGCAACGUCUCGAGAUUAACAUCACUACUUCCACUACCACUACCAGCACUACUACGACCGCUACGGAUCUCCUGCCGGAGAUCAGAGAACCGGUUCUACGCCCGAGCAAAAAGGAAACUGGCCGGUCGCUAAAGUUGCCCGAGAUCACGGAGCCGAUCCUGCAUCCACGCGCGAGCAGGCAUAACACGCGAAACGAAGGGAUGCAACAACAUGACAACCAGCAUGAUGAGAUACAGGAAACGUCGUCCACUUCUACCAGGUCGUUCACCGUGCAAUUCUUGCCCGAAAGACUUGCGAACAUUUUAGCACACGCCGAACGAUAUGCUCGGCAAACCCUACUGCCUUUGAUUUCAUAUUAUACGCCGAGCUUCAUGACCGGUACGCGAUCUCACGAAGAGCCCAAGUAUUUUCCCCUUUUUAGUGACAUAACGCAGUCGAAGAAUGACUCUUCCUUCGCCGAGACUGACAAGACGACCGAUCAGAAUAAUAAUAAUCGACUCUCGCGAGGAGACAUUAAGCAGUACAAAUCCGACGAGUCGUUCGGUUUGGUCGAAGACGGAAGACGUCAAGAAGAAUCUAAAUCGAAGACGCAAAUGGAGAACGGCGAAAAUGUAAGUAACGAGUAUAGCGUGUCGAAAGCUGAAGCGCCGGUGAUAGUCGAGGCUGUGUAUCCGGAGAAAGUAGCGGAUGCUAAUUUCACCGAUCCAUCGGAGACGAGAAUGACCGAGAUUCAUCGCGAGAACGACGAUUGGCGACCGAUCGACGAGUCGGCGGUUCUUUCGAAGAAUCCUCCAUCGCGAAGAGACCCCAACUUUUCGCGAUCAUUGAAUUGGUCGAUUGACUACCAUGACUGGACUUUCUCGACGGGCGCAAAUUCCAAAGCGGAAGUCAAACUUGACGAUUGGAUACCGAUCACGUUGAAGAAUGACGCGAAAGUAUCGACGACUGCGCGAGGGAUGACGUUAAGUGAAGCAGCAAAGGAGAUCGAUACCAUCGAUAAUUCACGGAAAUCUACUCAAGAUAUAAUCUCCGAGACCAAAGAGGAAACCACGACCGUUCCGACGUACGAGAGAAAAUUUAUACCUCUCUUUGGUUUCGAGGAAACGACCGAUAACUUAUUCUCAUCGACAAAUUCCAAUGAUGUCUCGGAGACUACGACAAUUGCCUCGCAUAUCCAGAAAAUUCCAAGACACGAGCAAACAAUGAAAAGUGCCAGGAUGUUAAUGAAAUCCACGAUGAUGUUCCCGUACGCUUACGAGCGGAAAAACGAUCCUAGGACGAGAUAUAUACCGUUGAUUCCGGAAGAAGAUAUGGGCAAACCUUAUUCAUCGAUAGAAAAAGAUCGCUAACAUUAUAUGGCGAUACAAAGUUAUUAGAAAAUAAAGAUUGAAAUUGUUGAAUAUUAAAACGCUCACAAAACAUGAAUUAUUCAUUGUAUAUCUUCUAAUUCAUUUGAUAUUAUUUGAUAUUAUUCCAAUAAGUGGAAUUUCUUGUUUCUUCGAUAAAUUUGUUUUAAUUUUGUAUUAAUU